AAAAAGAAGAGUAUAUGAAAAGCAGAGAAAGAGAGAGGAAAUAAAAAGAGGAGACAAUGGCAACAACGGCGACAAGUACAUAACUGAACUAACAGCGACGUUACGAAGCUGCUUCUUCGUAUAGAAGAAGAUAUAUGAGAAAUCUGAAGCCCUAAUUUCUUUUUAUUUUUUCUCAUUCAGUUAUGCGAUCUUUUUAGUGACGAAAUCUGGUCGCGAGAGUUGAUUUUGAUCGGAUUUUUUUAGUCAGAAUUUUGGUGAUCGGAGAUGGAGUCGAUGAUCGAACUGUGCGACAUUAUAGCGAAGAAUCCGGAGAAAUUUAGCGAUAAAAUUGCCUGGAUUUGCGGGAGGUGUCCACAGUCGGAGUUGUUACUGGGCGGAUCGCCUAGAGUUUCGAGGUCACAGCUCAAUGCGGUGCUCGUCGUCGCACGAUUGCUCUCUAAGUGCCCCCAUUCUACUGAUAACCGCCCUAAAUCGGUGAUGUUAGAGUUUAUUCGGGCAAUUCCGACGUCGUUUCACCGUUCCUUUUGGCCGCAGUCGUACAACAACGACUCAAUUGCUUCCUUCUUCGUCGAUUUCUUGAAAUACGUGUCUGAAUCUGCCGAUUCGUCUCCUGAUUUCGGUUUCGAGAUUGCAGGGUUGGUUGGGGAGGUAGUUAUGGCUGCGGUUAGUAAUCACGAUACAAACAGCAAUGAUUCGGCAAUUUCUAGGGCUUUCUCGUUGGCUUUAUCGCAGAAUUUCCCUCCAAUUUUACCGUCAGACGCUGAUAAUUUGAUAAAUUACCUUGUCGAGCAGUUGGCUAUAUCAGUUCCGGAAUCACCGAGGGAGCUUAUUCCAGGAAGCUCGGAGACAUCGUCUUCUCAAAGUUCACCUUUGAGCGCCAAGCAUUUUCAAGGCAUUGAGAUUUCAAGCCCGGCCAACGACUCAUCCAGAGGGUCUUUGAUGGCAAAUGGUGGUGGGGCUAUGUUUAGGCAACAAGUUGCUUCCUUCGAGGAGGAGCCUGUGGAGAGUAUGGAGAAACUAGAAAUUGCUUUUAAAUUGAUUGCUCAUAUUUUGCACAAAGUAAGUAUAGAUCAAAAGCUUUUGGAGCAAGUGAGAUUUAUUGCUAAGAAGCAGCUUCAGUCUAUGUCUGCAUUUUUAAAGAUAAGGAAGCGUGAUUGGACUGAACAGGGGCCACUUUUAAAAUCCAGAGUAAAUGCAAAACUUUCAGUAAACCAAGCUGCUGUUAGGAUGCAAAUUAGAAGUCUUCUAUCUCUUGAGGCAGAUGCUAAGACCUCUAAGAAAUUGGUUCUUGAGACUCUUGCAUUGUUGAUAGAUGCUGCUGAAGCAUGUAUAAUCUCUGUAUGGCGAAAGUUGAGAGUUUGUGAGGAGCUUUUCAGUACCUUGCUUUCUGGGAUUGUACAAAUUGCUGUCCCUAGGGGAGGGCAGCCUCUGCGCAUUUUGCUCAUUCGCCUUAAACCCCUUGUACUGGCUGCAUGUAUGCAGGCUGAUACUUGGGGAAACAGCCAAGGAGCCAUGUUUGAGAGUGUUCUUAAGACAUGUUGUGAGAUUAUAGAAUCUGGCUGGGCGAAAGACCGUGCUCCAAUGGAUACAUUUAUCAUGGGAUUAGCAACCAGCAUUCGUGAGAGAAAUGAUUAUGAGGAGCAGGUUGAUAAAGAGAAACAAGUAGUUCCAGCCGUACAGCUUAAUGUAAUACGUCUGUUGGCUGAUUUAAAUGUUGCUAUCAGCAAGCCUGAAGUGGUGGACAUGAUACUUCCGCUUUUUAUUGAAAGCUUAGAAGAGGGUGAUGCUAUGACUCCUAGUUUACUACGGCUUCGACUUCUUGAUGCUGUUUCUCGCAUGGCAAGUUUAGGUUUUGAGAAGUCAUAUCGGGAGACGGUUGUUCUAAUGACAAGGAGUUACUUGAGUAAACUAUCUAGUGUAGGGUCUGCUGAAAGCAAAACAUUGGCCCCAGAGGCCACUACAGAACGUGUUGAGACUCUUCCUGCAGGAUUUCUUUUGAUUGCUUCUGGUCUAAAGAGUGCUAAAUUGCGUUCAGACUAUCGCCUUCGCCUGUUAUCUUUGUGUUCUGAUGUAGGUUUGGCUGCUGAGUCAAAAAGUGGAAGGAGUGGAGCUGAUUUUCUGGGGCCCCUACUUCCUGCUGUUGCUGAAAUAUGUUCUGAUUUUGAUCCUACGCUAAAUGUGGAACCUUCACUGCUGAAGUUAUUUCGCAACUUGUGGUUCUAUAUUGCUCUUUUUGGACUGGCACCUCCUAUACAGAAGACUCAAACACCUGCAAAACCAGUUUCCUCUACAUUGAACAGUGUGGGAAGCAUGGGUACCAUUGCCCUUCAAGCAGUGGGUGGACCAUAUAUGUGGAAUGAACUUUGGUCUGCUGCUGUCCAGCGUAUUGCUCAAGGGACUCCUCCCCUUGUUGUUAGCUCAGUGAAGUGGCUUGAAGAUGAGUUGGAACUAAAUGCCCUUCACAACCCUGGAAGUCGUCAAGGGAGUGGCAAUGAGAAAGCUGCUGUAAGCCACAGAACAGCUCUCUCUGCUGCUUUAGGUGGGCGAGUUGAUGUUGGAGCAAUGAGCACAAUUUCAGGUGUAAAGGCAACAUACCUUCUUGCUGUGGCUUUCCUGGAGAUAAUACGGUUCAGCAGUAAUGGUGGUAUCCUUAAUGGUAGCACAAGUUUGACCGCUUCAAGAAGUGCCUUCAGUUGCGUCUUCGAGUACUUGAAAACUCCAAAUCUUAUGCCUGCUGUCUUGCAAUGUUUGACAGCAAUUGUGCACAGGGCAUUUGAAACAGCAGUGUCAUGGCUUGAAGACCGAAUAACUGAAACAGGCAAUGAAGCUGUCAUUAGAGAAUCUACCCUUUUUGCGCAUGCUUGUUUUCUAAUAAAUAGUAUGUCACAGAGGGAAGAGCGCAUUCGUGAUAUUGCUGCGAACCUUUUGGUUCAGCUUAGAGAUAGAUUUCCUCAGGUUUUAUGGAAUUCAUCUUGUCUUGAUUCUCUGCUUUUUUCUGUUCAAAAUGACACACCUACUGUUGUCAAUGAUCCUGCUUGGGAAGCCGCUGUUCGCUCUUUGUACCAAAAAGUUGUUCGGGAAUGGAUUGUCAUAUCACUGUCUUAUGCUCCAUGUACUACUCAGGGUCUACUCCAGGAAAAGCUCUGCAAAGCAAAUACAUGGCAGCAGGCACGGCAUAAAACUGAUGUGGUAUCUCUAUUGUCUGAGAUAAGGAUUGGUACUGGAAAAAGUGAUUGUUGGGCUGGAACACGAACUGCAAAUAUUCCUGCAGUCAUAGCUGCAGCUGCUGCAGCAUCAGGAGCAAAUUUAAAAUUGUCAGAAGCCUUCAUCUUAGAGGUCCUCAGUACUGGUAUUGUUAGUGCAACAGUAAAAUGUAACUAUGCUGGAGAAAUUGCUGGCAUGAGAAGGUUGUAUAAUAGCAUUGGUGGGUUUCAAUCUGAUUCUCCACAAACAGGUCUUGGCGGUGGCCUCCAGAGGUUGAUCUCAGGAGCAUUCUAUCAACCAGCAGAAACUGAGAAUGAUUCAUUUAAUGAGAUGUUGGUUUCGAAGUUCGUGCAUCUCCUUCAACAAUUUGUCAAUAUUGCAGAGAAAGGUGGAGAAGUGGACAAGUCACAAUUCCGUGAAACUUGUUCUCAAGCUACUGCUCUACUUCUGUCAAAUCUGGAUUCUGACCGGAAAGCAAAUUUGGAGGGCUUUGCAAAACUUCUGCGUCUUCUCUGCUGGUGUCCAGCUUAUAUUUCUACCCCUGAUGCUAUGGAGACUGGUGUUUUCAUCUGGAGUUGGCUGGUUUCUGCUGCUCCGCAAUGGGGGUCUCUUGUCCUUGCUGAACUUGUCGAUGCAUGGUUAUGGACAAUUGAUACAAAACGAGGUCUCUUUGCAUCUGAUGUGAAAUGUUCAGGACCUGCUGCAAAAUUAAGGCCCCACUUGGCCCCUGGGGAACCAGAGGCACUGCCUGAUACUAAUCCUGUUGACCAAAUAAUUGCUCAUAGAUUGUGGUUGGGAUUUUUCAUUGACCGCUUUGAGGUAGUUCGUCACAAUAGUGUUGAGCAACUUUUGCUACUUGGUCGGAUGUUGCAAGGAACAACCAAACGUCUCUGGAACUUUUCACAUCAUCCGGCAGCCACUGGCACCUUCUUCACUUUCAUGCUUCUUGGUCUUAAGUUCUGCUCUUGCCAAUCCCAAGGGAAUUUGCAGAAUUUCAGAGCUGGGCUUCAGUUGUUGGAAGAUAGAAUAUACCGGGCCUCUUUGGGGUGGUUUUCUUAUGAGCCUGAGUGGUAUGACACAAACAAUAUAAAUUUUGCACAGAGUGAGGCUCAAUCCGUCUCUCUUUUUGUUCACUAUCUCUCCAGUGGGAGGCUAGAUUCUCUGCAGUCUGAUUCCAAGGGGCGUGCAACUGAGAAUGGGAACUCUUUGGUUGGGGCGAAUGAUCACCCUGUAUGGGGCCAGAUGGACAACUACAUUGUCGGAAGAGAAAAACGAAAGCAGCUGCUUCUAAUGCUGUGCCAGCAUGAGGUUGAUCGGCUUGAAGUUUGGGCACAACCUCUUUCAAAGGAAGGCACAUCUUCGCGGCCCAAAAUUAGCCCAGACAAAUGGAUCGAAUAUGCCAGGACUGCUUUCUCUGUGGAUCCUCGAAUUGCCUUUUCGUUAGCCUCAAGAUUUCCAACAAACACUCAUCUGAAGGCUGAAAUAGCUCAGCUAGUCCAGUCACACAUACUGGAUAUCCGCUGUAUACCUGAGGCAUUGCCAUAUUUUGUCACACCAAAGGCAGUUGAUGAAAAUUCAGUACUUUUACAACAAUUGCCUCAUUGGGCUGCUUGUUCAAUUACACAAGCUCUUGAAUUCCUUACCCCAGUAUACAAGGGUCAUCCACGUGUAAUGGCUUAUGUUCUAAGGGUUUUGGAGUCCUAUCCUCCUGAACGUGUAACUUUCUUCAUGCCACAACUUGUGCAAGCUCUACGAUAUGAUAAAGGGAGGUUAGUGGAAGGGUAUUUGCUUAGAGCAGCUCAAAGAAGUGACUUAUUCUCACAUAUUUUAAUAUGGCAUCUGCAGGGUGAGACAUGUGAUCUUGGGAAAGAUGCAAGUGGAAAGAAUAGUUCAUUUCUAGAACUGUUACCAAUUGUUCGACAACAUAUUAUUGAUGGUUUCACGCCCAAGGCCCUUGAUGUAUUUCGAAGAGAAUUUGAUUUCUUUGACAAAGUUACAUCCAUUUCUGGUGUCCUAUUUCCUCUUCCAAAGGAGGAACGCCGGGCUGGCAUCAGGAGGGAGUUGGAGAAAAUUCAAGUGCAGGGAGAUGACCUUUAUUUGCCAACUGCUCCUAAUAAGCUUGUUAGGGGCAUUCAGGUCGAUAGUGGAAUACCCUUACAAUCGGCGGCAAAAGUUCCUAUUAUGAUCACAUUUAAUGUGGUUGAUCGGGAUGGUGAUCAGAAUGAUAUAAAGCCACAGGCUUGCAUUUUCAAGGUUGGAGAUGAUUGUCGACAAGAUGUUCUUGCUCUUCAAGUGAUAGCUCUUCUAAGAGACAUAUUUACAGCUGUUGGACUUAAUCUCUAUUUAUUUCCCUAUGGUGUUCUCCCAACUGGUCCAGAGAGAGGUAUUAUUGAGGUUGUGCCUAAUACACGAAGCAGAAGCCAGAUGGGUGAAACAACUGAUGGUGGUUUGUACGAGAUUUUUCAACAGGAUUAUGGGCCUGUUGGCUCUCCUAAUUUCGAAGCUGCACGCAGAAACUUUAUAAUUAGCAGUGCAGGGUAUGCUGUAGCAAGCCUUCUACUUCAACCGAAGGAUCGACACAAUGGCAACCUUCUUUUUGACGAUGUCGGGAGGCUUGUUCAUAUUGAUUUUGGUUUCAUCUUGGAAACAUCACCUGGUGGAAAUAUGCGGUUCGAGAGUGCACAUUUCAAGUUGAGCCAUGAGAUGACUCAAUUACUAGACCCAUCGGGAGUUAUGAAAAGUGAAACCUGGGACAACUUUGUAAGCUUGUGUGUGAAGGGAUACCUUGCCGCUCGCCGUCAUAUGAAUGGGAUCAUCAACACUGUGUUGCUUAUGCUUGACAGUGGAUUGCCUUGUUUCAGCAGGGGUGAUCCCAUUGGAAAUCUUCGCAAGAGAUUUCAUCCUGAGAUGAGCGAGCGUGAGGCCGCCAAUUUCAUGAAAAAUGUCUGCACUGAUGCUUACAACAAGUGGACAACUGCUGGCUAUGACCUAAUACAGUAUCUGCAGCAAGGCAUUGAGAAGUGAAGUCACGGGUAAUUAUCUUUGAGUGUACAUUAUCGUUUGUAAUUUAUAAAUAUUCUUUUACCCCCAUAGUUACAGUUUUCUCGAGGAAAUCCCACCUAAGCAAGGCUCGGAAGUAUAAAAUAUGUGGCACAAGCAAUUGAUUUGAUAAGAGAGAAAAUGAGUUGAGUUCUUUGUAACCCAGUGGUGGACAUCCUUGUUAGUUAGGUUUGUAAACGAUACGCCCUAAAAAAAUUGUUUGGGAAAGUAAUAGUUUGAAUGAACGUGGGGGAUAGUUUCUGUUUGAAACAAAAAUUCUAUUGAAUUCUUAAUGUUUAUGAACUGAGCCUGAGUUCCAAGGCUUAUUAUCUCGGUAGGAGAUGGUUGGUUAGCUUAGCUUCAGUUCUCAACUUUGAUUAUGAUGUGUAAAAACACUCAGAGGAAAAAUUCUGUUAUAUUGCUA